GAGAGUGUUAUAGAAGUAAGAAGUAGAACAUCCAGCGAGGAAGCGCAUUCAUUCCUCGUGAGGCCAUUGGUGCUGUGUUCGUCUGGGUUUUAAUCAGCUGCAACGCGGCCCAGGGGAGGACGACUGAGGAUGACUUCGGACGGAGCAACGUCGGCGGCCACGAAUCGGAGGAAGCCGUCGUGGAGGGAGAGGGAGAACAACCGGAGGAGAGAGAGGCGGAGAAGAGCCAUAGCAGCGAAGAUUUACUCUGGCCUUAGGGCUCAGGGUAACUACAAUUUGCCCAAACACUGUGACAACAACGAGGUCUUGAAGGCUCUCUGCGCUGAAGCUGGUUGGACCGUCGAAGACGACGGCACCACAUAUCGCAAGGGAUGCAGGGCACCACCACCAGGUGAUGGUGUAGGCACUUCUAACAGAAACACUCCUUUUUCUUCACAAAAUCCAAGUCCUCUUUCGUCAUCAUUUCCGAGUCCAAUUCCAUCCUACCAAGUAAGCCCUUCGUCCUCCUCUUUCCCCAGCCCUUCUCGUUUGGAUGCCAUUGCCAACAACCCAUCAAACCUCAUUCCCUACAUUCGUAACGUGUUCCCUGCGUCUCUCCCUCCUCUGAGGAUAUCAAACAGCGCCCCUGUCACCCCACCUCUCUCCUCGCCAACUUCCAGAAAUCCUAAACCAAUUCCCACAUGGGACUCAAUUGCCAAAGCAUCUAUGGCAUCCUUCAACCACAAUCACCAUCACAAUCACAACUACAACCACAACCACAACCACCCUUUCUUUGCAGCUUCUGCCCCUGCUAGCCCAACACACCGCCACCUUUAUACCCCACCCACUAUUCCCGAAUGUGAUGAGUCUGACACCUCCACUGUUGAGUCUGGCCAGUGGCUCAACUUCCAAGCAUUUGCACCUUCUGCUUCUGCUCUGCCAAUCUCUCCCACUUUGAACUUCAUCAAACCUGUGAGUAAGCAGCUCAACCUCCCCGGGGAUAACAGAAUCCAAGAGAUGAGAAGUUCAGAGGCUGAGUUUGGGGUGCAGGUGAAGCCUUGGGUUGGGGAGAGGAUUCAUGAAGUGGGAUUGGAUGAUUUGGAGCUCACGCUUGGAAGUGGGAAGACGCCUAGUUAGGAAGCUAGCAAAAUUGCUACUCCAUGCGGGCGGGUCAUGUCAGAGUGAGACCCCAACGUUGUUGGUUCAAUUUCGGGUGUCGAAAAACAAAGUUAACAGUUACUAAAUCGUUCACCUCUCUUGGCGCAAGUAGCUGUGAUCGGCAAGUAUUCAGAUGUCAUGGCCAUUUUAUGUUAAUUAUAUCCAAAACUCUUCAUUUAUUCACCUUUUUUUUAACAUCUCAAUUUGCUUCCUAUUU